GGGUGUCUUGAUAUCGUUUAUUCAGUCAGAAUUUACGGGAAAUACACAGACAGUGCGUGCUGAUUUGACUUCUGUGAACUCACAAACCCUCUCAGCCCUGCUCUCAGGUUGUUUGUGUUCAAACAUGGAUCGACGUUCAGAUCUCACCAUCAUCCUUCUUGGAAACUCUGGAGUUGGUAAAAGUGCAUCAGGAAACACCAUCCUGGGUCUAACAGCGUUUGAGUCAAGAAAAUCAUUUGCAUCAGUGACAAAAGAAAUCUCCAUAAAAACAGGAACUGUGUUUGGGAAGCAGAUCUCAGUGGUAGACACUCCAGGAAUAUUUGGAUCUGAAGAUGUGAUUAAAUCCCGCUGUCAGGGUCUCCUGGAGUCCUCUGGACCUUGUUUGUUCCUGGUGGUAGUUAAAAUAGAUCGAUUCACCAUCGAGCAGAAAAACGCUGUGGAGGCAGCUGUCAGAGUCAUAGGGGAUCAACUACUCAACUCUUACCUGCUCUUCACACAAGGAGAUAAUUUGGGUAGCAUGUCCCUGGAAGAUUUCCUCAAUGAAGAUCCAAAUGGUCCACUUGUACCUCUUGCUCAAAAGUUUAAUGGAAGACAUCAUGUCUUCAUCAACAAUGAAAAUGGUGACGCGGAACAAGUGAAGAUGCUGCUGGAAAAGUCAGGCCACCUCGCUAACCCACAGCCUGAGAAUGCUCCGCCCCAAAGGAUCGUGUUGCUCGGCCUACCAGGAGCUGGAAAAAGUUCUUCAGGAAACAACAUCCUGGGAUCAGAGAAGUUUAGAUCAGAGAGUAACUUUAAUCCAGUCAGUACAGAGACUGUCUCUGAAUCAGCCACAGUGGAAGGACGUCAGGUCACAGUGGUGGACACUCCUGGACUCAGUCAGGGAACUCUGUCUCCCAAAAAGCUUUACCUGGAGAUCAUGAGUUCAGUACAGAAGUCUGAACCAGGCCCACACGCCUUUGUGAUUGUGGUCAAAAUCGACAGAAUCACUGAACUAGAAAUCCACCUGUUUGAGCUCGUUGAAAAGCUCUUUGGUAAAGAUGCUUCAAAGUAUGUAAUGGUGCUUUUCACUCAUGGGGAUGAGCUUAGGGGGAAGUCCAUCUCUGAAAUGAUCAAUGACAACCCAUCUGUGAGAAAACUGGUCUCCAGUUGUAACGAAAGGUACUGUGUGUUUGACAACACAGUCAGAGGAAACAGGGGGCAGGUUAGAAACCUCCUGAGGAAAAUUGAUGUCAUGGUCAGAGCUAAUGGUGGAAACCACUACACCUCUGAGAUGUUAAAAGAUCCUGCAUUUUCUCUAUCCAAACUUUGGAAAGAAAUUUGUGAGUGGUUCAAAAGGCUUCUACAGGAGAUUGCUGAGUUAUUUAAGAGCUGUGCUCCGUCCGCUAAGUAUGCUCAAAUUGGGAUGGUUUAGUUCACUGAGAGGCUGCAGGCUCAGUCGCUGUAUGAUAUCAACAUAUCGAAUCCAUUUAAGAGAAACAAAGAGAUAAUAAGGCUAGUCUUUAUGUAAAUUUAAACAUCAGCUUGAUUUCAUGUACAGAAUCCUCACAGCAUCUGACUCCAGCUGAAUCUGUAAGAGUCAAAAAAUCCCCAAAGUGAAAUAAAAUAUAAUUUAAUCAUCAGAAGAUAAAAGAUUUGAUACGUAUAGCAGCUGGCUAUAAAUAUUUUCUUAUAGCCAGCUGCACAGUGCAGUGGUUAGCUCUGUUCCCUCACAGCGAGGAGGUUCCUGGUUUGAAUCCUCGUCUGUCAGGAGCCUCUAUGAGU